AUGGGUGAAAAGGAGGACAGAGAGAAAGCCGAGAAGCUCGCGGCCGCAAAGAAGAGGGUCGCGGCGUUACAGAAAAAGAAGAAAGCGGCCGCCGGAGGUGCUGGGGAGAAAUCCACUGCUGUCAACAAAGGAAAGGAUGCGCCCAAAAAGGAUUAUGAUGGCGAGGAUGGGACAGAAGCCGAAGCCCAGGUUGAGCCUGAUGAUAAGGACGCUUCAAGAGAGGACGCCUCAGGCGCAGCAGGCGCAGUUGACGCAACCGAAGCAGACUCGAAAGAGCACGAUGGGAACGAGGGAACCGCAGCACCACUCGAUGCUGAUGAAGAAGAAGUAUCCAACGCUGCGAUGUCGGAGACCGUUCUCUCCCCUACGACGACCUCUCCUGCAGCGACGGACCAAGAACAAUCCUCCACUACAAAGGGCGUGGGCGCCCGGCAUCUGGGCCGUCAACCUAGCGUGUCCCUCCAGAGUAAGAUCCGCAGCACGAGUUUCCGAGACAGUGGCCCGCUGAGUCCGGCUGCCCUGUCAGGCAACCCGAUGAGCAGGAUUGAAGAGCUGGAAAGAGAGAACAAACGGCUGGCAAGAGAGUCCGAAGAACAUGAGAAGCGAUGGCGGAGGGUAGAAGAGGAGCUGGAGGAGCUGAGAGAAGAGAAUGCUACAAAGUCUGUAGGGAAUGACGCUGAUGGUGAGAUUCGACGGCUGAGGGCUGAGAUUGAGACCUUACGGAGACGGACCAGCACUACGGCUACGGUGUCACGAAGGGAGAGCUCGGGGGAUGACGCCAACCUUGGGACGCUGAAGGGUGAGCUGGAGCGGAAGGACUCGACUAUUGCAGAUAUGCAGCUUGAGAUUUCACGGUUGAGAAGUCAGCUAUCAAGCCAGACAGAGGGCUGUGAGACGCACGGCGAGCAGAUUGCUGCUUUACAAGCCUCUCUAUCUUCCGCAGAAGCCAAACUGGGCAGGCUGGAGACCGAACUGUCAGACACCAAGAAGGCACUCUCCAAAGCCAGUGAAAAGGCGGUGCUGGAUGGCACGGAGCGGACAAGCAAGGACACCAAGAUUCGGACUCUCGAGCGAGAAUUACAAGAGGCUGCCGCACAGAGAGACGAGCUUGCGAAGAAAGCAGAACAACUGGAUAAGAAGGUCGAAGCGAUGAACAAGCUGCAUAGAGAAGCCGAGUCGAGGCAUGCCAGCAAAUUGGCCGCUGCUGAGGCGUCUGCCAGAGAAGUUCCCGCUCUUCGUGCCAAGAUCGAAAGGGCCGAAAGCGAGAACGCGCGGUUGAGAGAAAAGCACAAACGGGCCAUGAGUGGAGACGCCGGCGGAGACGGCCUUGACGAACUCGAAGACGAAGAGCGACAGAAGCUCGAACGCCGGAUCCGAGAGCUUGAAGGCGAAGUAUUCGACCUGAGACGGGGUGUGUGGAGAGAUAGGAGGAUCGCAAUGCAACCUCGCGGCGACGAAGGCGAGUCGAGGACUUCCCUUGAACCAGCAGGUGCAGAGGACUUUGACGAAGUGGACCUCACAGGCUCCGGGAACGCCAGCAGUCGACGACGGAGCUUCGCAAACCAGCAUGCACAGCAGAGACAUUCCAACUUUGCGCAGGUGCUGAAUUCGGGUCUUGCAGCGUUCAGGGCGAGCACGACAUCUCCGGGCACGCAACAGAAUCGACCGAGAAACGAUUCCUUGCUACAGGAGUUCGACGAUGAUGAUACUUUCGAUGAGAACGCCUUUGCGCACGCCCAGCGAGAAGAAGAAGCGCGCAAGAUGGUCGAGCAUGUCAGAGAGGUCAAGAGGGGCUUGAAGCAAUGGGCAGGCUGGCGAUUAGAUCUGGUCGAUGCGAGGCGGGCCGGUGUUGGUGUUGGAUUCGGGGAGAUUUUUGAUGUAUGA